AUGCACCGGUCAGCAGCAAUCCUACUGAGUGCAUGCUCCCUUCGUUCAUCAGCAUGCAAACAGAUUCAACGGGGUUUGCGAACAAGCUGUCCGGUUCAUUGCACGGCAACAGGUGAUGGAACCGGCAACGAUCUCACCACAAAUCCUCCGAAGUCGACAUUUGGUAGAUGUCGUGAAUGUGGCGGAGUGCUGAAACCAGCUCCAACACUCACACCGACUACAAGAUAUAUUCACUGUGAAAAUUGUAACAAAUUGUAUGCUGGAAACAUAAUCGAGGAAAGCUCUAAGCAAUGGUCAAUCAAGAGUGAUCAACGAAGAAGUCCGCCAUAUCCUAGCCAGAUUGCCGAGUACUUGGACCGUUUUGUUGUCGGACAGAAGCAAGCGAAGAAAACACUUGCAGUGGGUGUUUACCAACAUUAUCGGCGUCUCGAACAUAAUAUAGAGAGUGGAGCUGGAUCUAUACACCAGAUUAAAGAAGAUGUAAAAAGUGCGCCAAGAGGAGUUCUGUACCAGGACGAAAAUCGAAUUGGUCACAUCGCUUCAAGUGAAUUGCGAACGUCUCCCAUUGCAUCUGCUUAUAUGCAGCAAAUCCCAACAAUGCAGCAAAUGCCAACAAGACGUGCACCACCGGUAUUCCGAGCGAUCCCUGAAAAGGAGCCAAUUGUGAGACUAGAGAAAUCAAAUAUUUUAUUGAUUGGUCCUUCAGGCGUUGGUAAAACCUUCCUAACGCAAACCUUAGCAAGAAUCCUCGAUGUUCCAAUUGCGCUUUGCGACUGCACAUCAAUGACCCAGGCAGGAUAUGUCGGUGAAGAUGUAGAGAGCGUCAUCCAGAAACUUGUGCAAGCGGCAGGUGGAAAUGCUGAAAAAGCCCAACAAGGCAUAGUUUUUUUGGAUGAAAUUGACAAAAUAGCUGCUGCCCAUGAAGGACAUUCUCCUGCGUAUCGCGAUGUGAGCGGUGAGGGUGUCCAACAUGCUUUGUUGAAGUUGGUGGAAGGCACUGUGGUGAAUGUGAAAAGCGGUCGGAAAAGUGUUGGAACGCAACAAGACACAGUCCAGGUAGACACAUCAGAUAUUCUUUUCGUUGCUUCUGGUGCAUUCAAUAGCUUAGAUAAAAUUGUUGCGCGUCGACUUGACAAGAAAAGCCUAGGAUUUGGUUCAUCGUCCGGUGAAUUGCGCGUAUCCGCUGAUGAUCCAAAUUCUGAGCAGUCCCGAAAACGCGACUAUUUGCUCUCUAAAGCUGAUCAGGGAGAUUUAAUUAAUUUCGGAAUAGUACCCGAACUCGUUGGUCGGUUCCCAGUUCUGGUUCCCUUCCAUUCGUUUGACCAAGAUAUGUUGGUCCGUGUGCUUACUGAGCCACAAAACUCUCUUCUCACUCAGCUGAAACUGCAGUUCGCUAUUGAUAAUGUCGAUCUUUCCUUUUCGUCCGAAGCUUUGCAACAAGUUGCUCAAUUAGCACUCGAAAGAAAAACAGGUGCCCGUGCCUUACGCUCAAUCCUAGAGGGUGUCUUGUUGGACGCGAAGUUUACCGUUCCGGGCAGCGACAUUGAAUCGAUACAUGUAACACGGGAAGCAGUAUUAGGGGAGACCGAGGUGGAAUACACGAGGCGGCAAGUAGUCGAGAAAGUUGAGAGUAAGCAGGCCGUAUCGGCUAUGUAA